UGACUUGUUAACAAUCUGUCUCUAUUUCUUUUUCUCUCUCUGAGAAAAGAUUUAAGAUGAAGCUUGCUGUUUUUGUCUCCUUGCUGGCGAUUGUACCAUUCCAGGCCGAAGCUAAUUCGUGUGCUGGUAAAACUGUGGAAGUAUUGGUGGGAAACGGUUACGGCCUUACAGGAGAUGUAUUUAAAGAUCCAGAUCCUUAUGUUUUGGUGACAAUUGGUGACAGAACCCAAAGGACCAAGGUCAUUCAUUCAAAUUCCAACCCAAGCUGGUUCCAGACGUUCAAGUUUUUCUCCCCCAACUCUGAUUUCAUGAAAAUUGAGGUCUGGGACAAAGACAGUGGAUUUGCUGGUGAUGAUGAUGACCGCCUGGGAACCUGUGUAGAGCAACUGACCGCAGAAGGCAACCGGUUCCAAAAUAUACCCUGCACUGUGAAGCACGACGGCACCGUCCAGCUCUUUUACAAGUGCUACUAAAUGUAACGUAUCAGUGAAAAUGAAAUAGUUCAAUUUGAGUUAGAAAGAAAGACACUUUGUUAAAUUCAUGGUGGUCUUAAAACAUAACAAUGAUUUAUUUUUUUCCCCUCACAAUGUAGUUUUUGUGUAUUUUUUCUGUUUUUUUGAAUGCCUCUGUGCAACAUUGCUAUUAUCAUCUGCAUGCGACUCUGGUAAAAACUUGUUAAAAGUGUCAAGAGAUUAGCACAAUAUUAUUGCAUUUGCUUGUGUAAUUGAAAAUUGUGUUAUGGUGAUUUUCUUUAUACUUCUGGCUCUUUUUCUUCAACUAUAGCUACAUAUAUAUCUUUAUACUUAAAGCUAAACUAAGCUGUCAAAUGGGGACUAAAAAAAUCCAAUAAAGAAGAUACUACUUGUU